AUGUCUCAGCUUUCCUGUUCAUUUGCGAUCUUCUGUGGAACGGAAUGCGAUUUCUCUUCGCGAUGGCCCGGACGGCAACAACUUAUACCACUAAAUUCGUGUGCCGAUGGCAUAAAGGAACAUCUUAGAGAUGUAAAUGUAUCUCAAUCGUGCGUUGUAUCCGAGAAAAAGCUCAUUUUAGCUCGCGUUGGUUUGUUCGAAGAUGAUGACGGCCUCAAUUUCACGAUCUGCCCCAAACAUCGCGCAGUCCUUGGAGUAAGAUUCCGACCACCAAAAAAAUGCCAGCAUCCUCUUCACGGCAAUCGAAAGGGCAAAGGUGACAGAGGCGUCAAUCUGAAGACGGCAAAAGAAAUCAAGCGAAAGUGGAACACUGUAGUUCCAGUCGGUGCAGGUAAUUAAAAAGAUUUUAUUUUGCAUAGGGUGUUGUUACUGACUUGCUUACUUCCUAUGCGCACGGCAACUGAUAUGAAAGGCGGAUAGACAAACAUACUCAAUUGGACCGUGUGACCCGAAACGCAUAGAUCACGCGUGGAAGGGGAGGAUAGGCAAGGAAGGCCUUCCCACGAGGCUUUGGCCAACGUGGGUUAGUCAGACCCGUCCCUAGUCGUCUCUCAUUGAACCUCUCCCUACUAGCAUAGGCGCGCAUGGUUUGAUGGGUAUGAUGUGUCUUGCGAAGUCGACUGGGGACGAGUUAGACCGAGACAACUUCGAAGGUGCUAAGCAACCUACCAAGCUAAGAUUGUUACUUCAGCUGUGUUUUUUUUACCUAUAUGCUGUUAAUUUACUAUCCAUUUUGAAAAUUCUGCUAUAAGACUUUUAAAAGUGUGUGAAAAUGAAAUUCGUGUCAUCGCAGGCGCCAAUAGCUUACUCAUCAGUACCAGGGCGCAUAGGUGUGAUAAUAAUUCUAGUAACUCGCGGACGAAUUUAAUUAAUUUUUCCUAAAUUAAGUAGCCGGGAUAACGGGGGCAGCGAGGGGAAAGGGGUUGGUAGUUUAUUAAUAGGGCACAUGUCCAACUUUUUUUUAAUUCUAAAAACCCACUGAGUAUACUAUAAAAUGAAGACUUUAUAUGUAAAAAAAUUCCUACUUACUAGGCAUAUGCAGAAACUGUAGAGGUGCCCACUCUGAAUUUAUGAAAGAGUGUGAGCCACCCUCUGUGUUGGCUACCUUAACUGAGGGAUCCCAAAUUUCUGCUACGCAAGAGGAGGAGUUUGUGGGUCACACUCCAGCGACAUCAACAGAGCACGUUGCAACAGAGUCAACUGAGCCAGAAGAAGAGGAAUUUGUGUUACCACGUUUGCGAGUGCGAUUUCAAGAUGAGAUUUUGAGCGAGGUAGGAUUGAUGUGCCCCUUAAAUAUGUUUGAAUUGAUAAAUUUAAAAACUCCAAAAAAGAACUCAUAAUAUAUUUAAUAAUGAGGUUAUCAUAUUUUGUUCUACUUGAUUUUUUACCUAAUUCGACUGCGUGGUUCAUGUAAAAGAGUAAUUAUAACCGCGUCCUUCCACUCACUCGCAGUUGCAUAUUUUGUGGAUAUUGUAGUAAACUAUUACGGCAAUGGUGGGCGACGAAAGGGGUAACAUUAUUUCCCGUUCCCUAGCCUGUGCUCGUUCUCGUCACCCCCCAAAGUCGUACUUCAUGCUCGUCUCCUAGCAGCCUGCAGUUAACGUCCGCGCUCCGCAUAACUGCACUUAGCCUUGUAAAGCCUAUGGAAGAGGCAGAAGCAACUCUGACACCGAAUGACAUGUAUUUCUAAUUAUUUAGGCGCACAUUCAAUGCAUAGGUUCCUUCCUCGCUAAAAAAACUGUUCCUUUUAUUAUAGCAAAGCGAUCCGAAUUCAGAUAUCUUCUCAUCGUCCUCCCAAGGCUCGUUGGUAGAGGAAGAGACGUCUAGAGAGUGGCAACCAACACCCCAAGUUGAGCAUCAGUUGCAGCACCUCAACAGUUAUAUCCUUAAGUCAACUGAUGGCCGAAUCAGUCCAGUCAGGUCGCAAUGCAGGUCUGAUGUUGUGACUAUGUCGUCAUCGACGCGGCGCUAUUAUGGGAAAAAGGCAGAGCAAGUUGUUGAUUCCGUGUUGGAGGCUAUUGCACCGGGUAAUUCAUCAUGGCUGCUUCAACAGGUGAUUGCAAGGAACGAAAGCGGGCGUACUGUAUCUGGUGCUGCCGAGGACGACAGCCUGGUCUCUAGACUAGUAACGCUGUAUAAUGAAGCUAGAUCCUGGAACACCCAGCAACAGAUUCUCUCCCUCUUUGCUGGUGAUUACAGUAAGACAGAACUGCUGCAGCUUGUGCCAGGACUGACAAAGUUUAGGAUUGAUGAGGCCAGAAAACAUGCUUUUCAGACCAAGCCUGGAGAGCCUAUAGAGCCGCCAACCAUUACCAGAACAAGGCUGGAUCCCACUAAAGUCGACCAUUUCGUAGAUUUUGUAUCCAGUCCUUCAUUUCUUCAAGACGUUGCAUAUGGAACGAAAACUCUAAAGCUGUCAAGUGGAGAGAAAAUUGACAUACCUAACGUGGUGAGAACAGUCAUUUCGUCCCGUCUCAUCCAGCUGUAUCAAGCCUAUUGUACAGAAUCCGGCUUCACACCCCUUGGAAGAUCAACACUUUUCAAUAUCCUUAAGGUAUAGAUGGAUAUAAGGCCAUGUGUUAGACGACAAUUUUGGUUUUAAUAGACGCAAGUUAUUCCGUACUGUCUUAAGCUUAGUGUGUGGGAAAGUGUGUGUGUAUGUGUGAGUGGAGAAGGCCAGUACAAGCUGCAGAUUUUGCUUGGUAUGACAAGAGGAUUUUUACCCUCUUAUUCAAGCAGUACAUAAUUGACUACAAUAUACUUUUAUACUUCAGGUGUGCGCUGCUUCUCAGAAGAAGUCCUUGGCGGGUUUGGACAGCAUGCAAACGGACGGUGUAACUGCAAUUUCAUCUCUUGAAGUAGUAACUAGCAUACUACAGAAAAACGGUAAGACGGAAAAUUAGGUGAAGUCUAGCCUUUUGUCUUAUUUCCUUGAAUAUGGGACGCAACGUGUUGGUGUUUUUGUGUUUGGUGGGUGGGCGCACUCAAUUGAAGUGAGCUUUUUUAAGAGGGGCGUAUGAGAAAGUUCAGAGGAAAGGGAAACAAAAAAAAAUGAGUAAGUUGUCAAUUGCAGGAACCCUUUUUAUGUUUUAAGGUUAAUUUUCUAAUAUAUACUUUUCUUCCAAACCACUGAGCAUUUCUUUCCUGAGUGCACCUGUGAAAUAGUUACAGCCUGGAAAACUGGGCUAGCAAAAAGAAAGGUCAAUAAACGAGCUGCAUUUCCUAAUCGAGUUUGCCUUUUGUACAUGCUGCUAUCUUUGGUACGUCAAGGGUUUUAGCUAAUGGAAUUGUAUCCAUGUAGGUUUUCAAGAUGAAGAGGCAAAGGGAAUUUUGUCCCGUCUCAAAGCUGGAAAAAGAUAUGUGUCAACAGACUACAAGCUGCACAUCGCUACUGAGACUCCCUGUGCAGACCACUGCAGCAUGUAUGCACUUAGCAGCAAUGAAGCUGAGUACCGCGGGACAUGUUCACACCAACACAACAUCAACUGUGACCGUUUCAGCGACUUAAGGAAUGCUGUUUUAGAUAUUCAAGUCGCAGUGUCUGAGCUUCAAUUAAGGUACUACCUUUUAGACCUCCAGAACAAAAUGUUAGAAUUUUUCACCAAUCUAAACAUUUGUCUUUAUUUGUAACUGUUAUCUCCCUUUCCUUAAUUUUCUCAAGCAACGAUGAAAAGCGGGAGGAACUUCAGCAUGAUCUUGAGGCGGCAAUCCCAAAACUCGAGAUGUAGAAGUCACAUGUCAUAAGAUCUGUACAUCAAGAUGCCGCCAAGACUGCCGUGGUUGAUGCCCUUACCGAAACUGAAGCAUUGCUGAUCAUGAACUGGGCCAUGAAGUUUUUACCAACAAGCUACCGAGAGACUCAGCGUGAUUGGUUUGGGAAAAAGGGACUACCUUGGCACAUAACCGUUGCCAUUACCAAAGAUGAAAACGAAGAAAUUGAGGUACCAUUUAUAUAAAUGUUACAAUCGAGUUAAAACUAUACUUUAUUUUCCUUAACAGAUAUAUCGGAAAUAAGACCAGAUGCUAAAAAACAUUUAUCUGUCUUUCUGAGGUAUAAUCGCUGAUUAAAACAAUCAAAACGUUUGUAAAAGAAGAGAUUGUGUUGUAUUGUAAAAGACCCAUCUUCGGUUCCGGCCACAGCUGUAGGACGUAGUAAUUACGAUGUGGAAUAGUAAUUUCAUUGCGAACCCUCAGUUUUUAUCCACGCAAUUUAAUGCAAUUUCUUUACAAAGAUAACUGCUGCUAUACAAGCCACAGUGUUACUGAAUGUCUGAUUUUAAUAUUUUGUUUGUUUGAGAUCAAUCGAUUUUCUUUUACUCUUUAGACGCGCACCUACGUCCAUCUGUUUGAUGAGAGCAUUCAGAACUGGUUUGCAGUGGCCUCCAUUAUAGAAAAUACGUUAGAAACACUGAAAGCACUGAAGCCAAACCUCAACCAGGUAUAUCUUAGGUCCGACAACGCCGGCUGUUACCACUGCGCCUACCUUCUUCUGUCGCUCCCCAGUAUUGGUGAUCGUACCGGAGUCACGAUUGCACGAUACGACUUCAGUGAGCCGCAGGCUGGUAAAGAUAUCUGCGAUCGUCGCACUGCUGCAAUUAAAAGCCACAUUCGACGCUUUCUUAAUGAAGGAAAUGAUGUCAAGUCGGCCAAUGACAUGAAAACCGCCAUUGAGUCUUAUGGAGGCAUCAAGGGCUGCUAUGCGGCUGUGUGUCUAGUUCAACCAUCUGUGCAGACGAUGAGCAAGCAUAAUAUGGCUGGGAUACAGUCGCUACAUAACUUCUCUUACGAGAAUGGAGGCAUAAGGGUGUGGCGAGCCUAUAACGUGGGUCCUGGAAAGUUUUAUAGUGCAGCUCAGUUUGCACGGUUUGGUACUCCCCAAGGUCCUACAAAGCUCGUCAUAAUUCAUCCUUUUGGCAGACCACAUGUAGAGGUGGGUACCUAUCGCCAGCAACGCGCUAUGCCUGCAAGAUCUUCGUCUUUGCCUGGGUCACAUCAAGAACCUUCUGAAUCCGCACAGGCAGACCAGGUAGGAGAGAAGGUUAUGUUUCAUUGUCAAGAGGAAGGGUGUAUCAAGACCUUCCAGUCAUUUGCCUCGCUCCAAAGGCACCUGGACAUUGGUACGCACAUGGUGAGACUGGUAAAGGAGUCCACCUAUGACGAGAUCAGGCGAAAAUGGACGGAGGCAUGCCAUUCCCUGGGUGGUGGCUAUAUUCGGGGAGAUUCAGCUACUUUCGACUCCAGUGACCAAGCAACGCCUGGCGAAGUCUUGGAGCUAGGAUGGGCUCUUCAGAAAAAUCGAAAACCGGUAGCCUUUUCCGAGAAAGCGAAGAGCUAUUUGGUAGACGUGUUUUGGGACGGGGAGGAAACAGGAAAGAGGGCAAACGCCUCCUUUGUCGCCUCCAGAAUGAAGUCUUUGAGAGACGAGAACGGGCAGAAGAUGUUCACAAAGACCGACUGGUUGACAGAACAACAGAUUGCUCGAUACUUUAGCCGACUCUCCGCCCUCAAUAAGGCUGGUCGAUUACAGAGAACCCACUCUUCCUUAAUGAAUGAGGAAGAAGAGGCUGAUGCCGAUGAUCUUGUUGUAGAAGCCGAGGCUGUCCGGACAAGGCAGCAGAUAAGGAGGGACCUUGAACUUUAA